CGUAACCUAAACAUGCGCUAUUAAUGGACCUAAAUAAUAGUUCGUGUACAUAUACGGUGACAUGAAUAUGUUAACUGAAGCGUUCUAGCAGCGUUUCAGGAACUCCUAAUAGCCGCGUCAUCAAAUAUCGAAAUUAGGAAACCCUAAAAUGAAGGGAUUAGGAGCAUAUAUCAUCGUACUAUUUUGUGCGAAUUUCGCACAGAAGAUAUUUGCAUUCACAGCAGAAUGUGACCUAGGAAUACUCCAUCACCAACCUGCGCUAUUCAACUCACCACGAGAUGUAGUAGUCGAUCUGUUAGACCUCAAGCCCGCAGAUUACCUCAAGGGUGUAUCCGUAACGAGACAUGGUGAUAACAUGGUAUUAUAUGGGUUUGAUGACGCAAAAUUGCGCGGAACAUCCAUUACCCUGAUCAUGGGAAACCAAAGACUGUACGUCAUGCCACAAGCACAUAAUCUGCAGGUAAAAUGGAGUGAAAACAUGACGACAACAGAAAUAAUAAUAACCUAUGAAAUUGGAGGUAGUACAUUUAAAAGAUACUACCAUGAAGAGCCAUUCUCUACCAUCUCCAGUUUCUUCUGGUCACGCAUGUUCUCACCAGAUACAGCUGUACUGAAAAUAAAGGCUCCAAGCAAAACUAAAGCCACAGGGCAAAGUGGCGCAACAACAAACGCAAAUGCACAAUAUGAAACUCCACUGGAUUACGCCAACGCGUUCAUACAACAAUGGAAUGAAGCACUGGAGUCAUUCUGGUCCAUGGUAAUACCGACCAAUGAACACAGGCGUCGUGAAGCGUCUGCCGAGGACUCUGAUGAUGAAGGAAGCGGGUCAUGUGAACCAACGUCUGUCGUAGAAUUGUCAGACGCAACCACAUAUGCCCGAAUUGCCAAAUCACAAUCCUGGAGACGUAUGAAGGUCGAUAAACUAAUGUGUGUGACGUUCGAUAACAUAGAAGCCAGGUGGAAUGGAAUGCUAUUCCAUAAAAUCAAAAUACCAGUGCCCAGGCAAUCCACAGAGUUCACAGUGUGUUUCGAUGCAGGAGAAAAACAAACUAAGAUCGUAAUUGUAUCAGCAUUGGUAGACGGUGUAUGGGUUGAGUCAUACUAUGCUGUACAGGGAGUUGGAACCGAAGAAGUGCAACUGAGACUAGUAGAUGCAGAGGAACACUUUGCAUACUACCCAGGAUUGCCCAGCAGAGAUAGAGCAGGAGAGUGCGUACACGGAGGAGAAGGAUUCACACUGCAUAUUAACUCACAAUUGGGAAAAGACUCACCACUAGAAAAAUAUGAAAAUAGAGCUACUAAAGUAUUCAGAUACAAAGAAGGAGAAGAUGUGGAAUGCAACUGUGCCACCUAUGUGGAGGGAGUUAGGUUCGGAGAUAUAGAACACUCUAUACCCAAGAAUAGGUCUUUUGUACUGCUAGUAGUCUCCAACCCUUGCGUAGCAAACCAUUACGUUACACUGGUCACACGCAAUGGAAAUAGCUACAGUAUCGACAGGUGGAACAGCGCUACGGGUAAUGAAUACAGGCCAGUUAAACUCAAAGAUACCCAGAUGGUGGCACAAGCAUUAUCCGAAAUAUCAUACGUGUUCAUGAACAGAAAUCAACAUGGACGCCUGGAUAUCGGACAGUUCAAUACGCAAUCCAUCAAUGGAGAUAUCAUAUGCCUACCCGAAAGCGAUGACAAACAAAAGAAUGCAGGAAAAAUAUGUAAACCACUGGAGGAACUGCCUAAUACAGAAAUUAUACUGAAAAGACCACAAAUGUUGGUACUCAAAUAUAAAGCAAGUGCACCAAAGGGAUUCCUAAUCAUUGGAUCAUCUAUUAUCGAACUGGAUAACAAAAAUGCAGGAAAUGAUAUCGACAUCUACCUUGAUAAGUCAGGAGAUAAACCAAUGACCGUUCUGCUCUCAGACGGUUCUAACGUGAAGGCCUUGAGGGAAACAACCAAAGGAUCGCUCGAGUUCACAGAAACCACAAAUAACAUUAUCAAUGUACAAGAUGGAGCUAGAUUAAUAGAUGUUGAUCUAGAAGAACCAGAUAUAUCGUCACUGGGACUCAAGUGGGAUCGCAACUUUGUAGAAAAUGUAUACGUUAUGAAGCCCAUUGAACACCCAGAUGUAGCCAUAGGGUCCGUGCUGUUCAAGAACUGCAGAGUGUUACCGAAAAUUGGUGCGGGAUUCACAUUUGUAAUUGCACCCACCAGCAAAAAACCACCUGUGGCGGUUAUUUUCGCACCCAAGAGUGAACACAAGCAUGCUGCUAUAAUGGUUAGACGUAUAACCAUCAACGGAGAAGCCGGAUGCGCAGUAGAAGCACUCGCAUACCAACCAUCGCCAUUCGGUGCAGAAGACCUACAAAGAGCAAACUUCGACACACUAUUCAGAGCAAAAGAAUAACUAU